GACGGGCCUGGGACACCCCCCCCCCCCGGGGGCCCUGCUGUCCCAAGCACCUAGGGUCAGAAGCGCUUCUGCAGCUGGCUGGGAGUGGGCGGGUGCUGAGCGCGGACGGGCCUCCUCGCCGCUCUCCCCGCCUCCUCGCUACUCUAGAAACUGCCACGGGCACAGCCGCACGCCCGCCUGCCGCGCGCGUCCUCCACGGAGCUCCCGCGUCGAGAUGCCUCCCCCGGUCCUGGCGCUCGUCAGCGGCCAGGUGCUCCCGGCCUUCCUGCUCUGCAGCACGCUGCUCAUCAUCAAGAUGUACGUCGUGGCGGUCAUCACCGGCCAAGUCCGGCUACGGAAGAAGGCUUUCGCCAACCCGGAGGACGCGCUGCGACACGGAGGCCUCCAGUACUGCCGCAGCGACCCCGACGUGGACCGCUGCCUCAGGGCCCAUCGGAAUGACAUGGAGAACAUCUACCCCUUCCUGUUCCUGGGCUUGGUCUACUCCUUCCUGGAGCCCAGCCCUUUCGUGGCCCGGAUGCACUUCCUCGUCGUCUUCCUGGGCCGCGUGGUGCACACCGUAGCUUACCUAGGCAAGCUGCGGGCGCCCACCCGCUCCCUGGCCUACACGGUGGCCCAGAUCCCCUGCGUCUCCAUGGCCCUGCAGAUCAUCUGGGAAGCAGCCCGCCAUCUGUGACCGGCCACUGACACCUCGGCCGCCGGACCGCUGGCCACCGGCCACCAGCCACCAGGGCCGGACCAGGCCGGACUGUACUUGGGGGAACUGGGCGUCCUUUCAAGAUUGGGAUAGGCCCCAGGGCCUGGUCUCCUAGCAACCUGCUGAGCGUGGGCUCCGGGCUCCUGGCCCAGCUGGCCUAUGCAUGUGUGUGCACACGUGUAAAUGCAUGCCCCUUGGAUUCCUGGGAGAAGUGGCCGAUCGGAACCGUUUAGAGACGGGUCGUCAGGGUUGAGAGACAGUCCCUCCACUCGGAUGACAGCACCAAAGACAUCGCCCCGUCUCCUCCUGCCUACGAACAGGGAGAGCUCGCAGAGACGCAGCCCAGGUCCCUACAGCUGACGGCUGUCCAGGUCCAGAGCUCUAAUAAAACGCUAACUUCUCAGACAGCC